AGCUGCUGCUAGGCCGGAAGGCUGUCUGUGAUCAUCCACGGCUUUUGCUAGAACUCCCUCCUCAUCCCAUUUUCUUCUCGACUCACCCCAAUGCAAAUUCAGGUUCUGAGCACUGGUAGGAAACUUCCUGGGAUUUGGAGAGGAGAACUGGACUCAGAAUCCCCCCAGGACCUUGAACGUUUGAACUCCAAGCCCAAACUAUUCAAAGUUUUCUUUUGAAGACCAACAUAACAAAGGGCAUUCUCAAAUUGAAUAGUUUGAAUGGGAUCAGAAAUGAAUCUUAUCGAACAGUCCCACUUAUCUGCCACGGAAGAAUUUUCUCUUUCUGACAAUUUAUUUGGUGUGCUGACAGAGCCAGCGGCGGGACCUCUGGGACAGAAUCUCGAAGUGGAACCGUACUCACAAUACAGCAAUGUUCAGUUUCCCCAAGUUCAGCCACAGAUUUCCUCCUCAUCCUAUUAUUCCAACCUGGGUUUCUACGCCCAGCAGCCUGAAGAGUGGUGCCCUCCCGGAAUGUAUGAACUCAGGCGCAUGCCCGCUGAGUCUCUCUACCCGGGGGAGACCGAGGGAGCCGAGAUUCCCGUUCCCAAGAAGGCUCGAAUGGGAGCCUCAGCAGGGAGAAUAAAGGGGGACGAGCUGUGUGUUGUUUGUGGAGACAGAGCAUCUGGGUACCAUUACAAUGCACUGACCUGUGAGGGGUGCAAAGGUUUCUUCAGGAGAAGCAUUACCAAAAAUGCCGUGUACAAAUGUAAAAAUGGGGGCAACUGUGUGAUGGACAUGUACAUGCGAAGAAAGUGCCAAGAAUGUCGACUAAGGAAAUGCAAAGAGAUGGGAAUGUUGGCUGAAUGUAUGUAUACAGGUAUUCUCAUCAAGCAAUUAAAUUCCACUAAAAAUCUCCUAAGGAGGCAGAUGCCAGGCUUGCUAACUGAAAUUCAGUGUAAAUCUAAACGGCUGAGAAAAAAUGUGAAGCAGCUCACAGAUCAGACCAUUAAUGAAGACAGUGAAGGACGCGACUUGAGACAAGUGACCUCUACAACGAAGUCAUGCAGGGAGAAAACUGAGCUCACUCCAGAUCAACAGAAUCUUCUACAUUAUAUUAUGGAUGCAUAUAGCAAACAGAGGAUGCCUCAAGAAAUAACAAAUAAAAUUUUAAAGGAAGAAUUCAGUGCAGAAGAAAAUUUUCUUAUUUUAACUGAAAUGGCUACCAGCCAUGUACAGAUUCUUGUAGAAUUUACAAAAAGGCUCCCAGGAUUUCAAACUUUGGAUCAUGAAGAUCAGAUUGCUUUGCUGAAAGGGUCUGCAGUUGAAGCUAUGUUCCUGCGUUCAGCUGAGAUUUUCAAUAAGAAACUUCCAGUUGGACAUGCUGACCUAUUGGAAGAAAGAAUUCGAAAGAGUGGUAUCUCUGAUGAAUAUAUAACACCUAUGUUUAGUUUUUAUAAAAGUGUUGGAGAACUGAAAAUGACUCAAGAAGAGUAUGCAUUGCUUACAGCAAUUGUUAUCCUCUCUCCAGAUAGACAGUAUAUUAAAGAUAGAGAGGCAGUAGAGAAGCUUCAGGAACCAUUGCUUGAUGUGCUCCAAAAGUUGUGCAAGAUUCAUCAGCCUGAAAAUCCUCAACAUUUUGCCUGUCUCCUGGGUCGCCUGACUGAAUUGCGGACAUUCAACCAUCACCAUGCAGAGAUGCUGAUGUCAUGGAGAGCGAAUGACCACAAGUUUACCCCACUUCUCUGUGAAAUCUGGGAUGUCCAGUGAUGGGCCUUGCAGGGGAAGGGGCCAGCUCUUUAUCUUCCUCCUUAUAUAAAUCUGAUGUAUAACUUCCCUUUAUUUCAUUGGUAUCUGGUUUCAUACAAGAUUCUUGAUGAAUAUUUAUGUAGUAAUUAAUUAACUCCCACAAUUGUAAAUAUGGGACUAGGUAGAAUUACUUUCUCUACAUUGUAUUUUACAAGGCUACAGGGAAUCCUUCAUUCUAAUUGGCAUGCCCUGUUUGCUCAAUUAAAUCGAUUGCUACUUCAGUUCUAUCUGUUGAAACAGGAGGAAAUCUCAUUUUGCUCUUCAUUUUACCUUAUUGCAUAUAUUUUAUUAAAGGGUUGUGUUCCACUUUAGCAAUAAACCAAACAUAAUGGCAACAGGCUUUUGUCUGAAACAAAAUUUGAAAAAUACACAAACCUUAUUUCUUUAAGUGAUGAAAGACAUCCUGUUGAACCUGAGGGGGGUAAUUUAUAGAAAGAAAAACUCUCACAACAUAAAUAGCACUUUUCUCACCCCUGGACAAGCUCAGAUAAAUAUUCAUUCAUUCGUUAAUAGCCCCAUGCUCAUUUCAUUUUCUUUGAAAUUCAAAGAGAGUAGCAUACAAUAGAAAAGUUAAUGAUUUUUACAUAAAAUAUUUCCUCAAGCAAUCCCUUUCCUCAUAGUUAGGGUCUUGAGGCAGCAUUAACAAAUUUAUAGUAUGCAUAUAACUACAGUGAUGGGGCAUUCCCUCAUCUUUAAUAAAAAUGCUCAGUACUGGCUUUAGUGCAUAUAAUUAAUCAUUUUUUUGCUUGUUUUGUUUUGCGUUUUGAAAACACUCCUACAGCUGGGUGCACAGCUGUUGUAUACUUCCCCUAAAAAAGGAAUUAGUUCAUUUCCUUUCUUCAUUGUUAUAAUGUUGCCUUCUUCUCCCCAUUAUCCUUCAGUGAAUACAAUAA